AUGUCUUCUGAACGUCAAUUUUCUGAUAUUCGAAAUUUAGUUAGUGGUCUUUAUAAUCUUGGAGAGACAAUUGGUACAGGUCAUUUUGCUGUUGUUAAAAUUGCUCGACAUGUUUUUACACAGAAGGAAGUUGCUGUUAAAGUUAUUGAUAAAAUAAAAUUAGAUGAAAUAUCAAGAGCUCAUCUAUUUCAAGAAGUUAUGUGUAUGAAAUUAGUUCAACAUCCAAAUGUUGUUCGUUUAUAUGAAGUUAUUGAUACACCCAAUAAACUUUAUCUUAUUUUGGAAUUAGCUGAUGGAGGUGAUAUGUAUGAUUAUAUUAUGAAACAUGCUAAUGGUCUUAAUGAAUCAUUAGCACGAAGAUAUUUUCGACAAAUAUGUCGAGCACUUAAAUAUUGUCAUGAAAUGCAAAUUUGCCAUCGAGAUCUUAAACCGGAAAAUUUAGUUUUCUUCGAAAAACAAGGUAUUUUUAAAUUAACUGAUUUCGGUUUUUCUAAUCGAUUUACACCUGGCACAAAAUUACUUACUAGUUGUGGAUCUCUAGCAUAUUCAGCACCUGAAAUAUUACUUGGUGAUCCAUAUGAUGCACCAGCAGUUGAUAUUUGGAGUUUGGGUGUAAUAUUAUUUAUGCUUGUAACUGGUCGUGCACCAUUUCAAGAAGCUAAUGAUUCCGAAACAGUAAUGAUGAUACUUGAUUGUUCAUAUAAACUUCCAUCAACUGUAUCAUCUGAAUGUCAAAAUUUAAUUCAUCGAAUGAUUGUACGUGACAUAGAAAAACGUGCUACACUUGAUGAAGUUAUGUCUGAUAUAUGGUAUCAACAAUGUCAAAAUGAUGGAGAAGAUGAUGAUGAUGAUGAUGAACAAAUCUAUAUUGAAUCAUUACGUUCAAUAUCAGAAGAUGAUCAUAAAUUAAUUCUUCAACAAAUGAUUGAUGGAAAUAUAGCUGAAAAAGACAUUAUAUUAAAAGCUUUAAAUGAAGAUCAAUAUAAUCAUAUAACAGCAACCUAUUAUCUUCUUGCUGAAAAACUUUCUUAUGAUAAAAUGACGAAUCAUAAUCGAAAUAAUAAACGAAAACGACGAUCAUUACAACCAGCAAGUGAUCCAUUUACAGAAAAAAUUGGUGUAUUUAUAUCUUCAUCCUCAAAAAUAAGUUAUAGUUUUAAUUUUGCUGAUGUUUCUCUACCGAUAACAAGACGAAAUUCUACCGAUGAUGAACUUGAUGAUGUUUGUGAUAAAGAAAAUCUAUUACCAAUAGUAGCAACAACAAAAUAUUCAAAUGAUUCAUCAAAUGAACCAAUUGUAACAGUUUCAAUUCAAGAUGAUGAAGAACGGCCAUUGAUACAACCACGUACAGCUAAUAUAAAUGUACAAGCAACACCUGCACAAGCUAUGAAAAUUAUAUUAGAAGAAGAUGAAAAUCCUGACAUGUCACCAACAGAUAAAAUGGAUAUGACUAUUCAACAAUUAAAUAAUCUAUCCAAGCUCAAUAAAAUUACUGAAAAUGAAAAUGAAGAUGAUAAAUCUUCUAUAUCAACAACAAAUGUUCUUAAUGAUAAUUCUUCAACCACAAGUGGAAUUCUUCGUUCAAAAGAUUUACGUUCUGUAAUUGAAUCUAAACGUCGAAAUUUUUCUCGUAGUUGUUCAAGUUCUGAUAGUGAAGAUAAUGGAAGUAAUUUUGAUAUGAAUCGUGUAUCGAAUCGAAAACAAACACGUUCACCUCAUUCAUUACCAGAAUCGGAAUGUUUACCGAAUUCUCGUGGACGAUCAUAUAGUAAUAUUGAACAUGUUUUAAAUGAAAUACCAUUGAAUAAUCAACAACAACAAAUUCCGUCAACAAAUAGUAAUGAUUAUAUAAAACGAAAAAGUUUUUCACGUGCAAGUUCAACAAUGUCAACAAAUCGUUUAACAUUAAUUAAUACAAAUGAUGAUAUGAAUUCAUUAAUAACUUAUGAUCGUACACGUAGUUUAUCAAGUGAUCAUCGUCUUGCAAAUCCUUCACAAUUUUCGAUUGCAUCACGAGCAUCGAUACGUUUUUCAACACCACGUGAAUCAACUGUAUUUACAAAAACUGAUGCGCCAAUGGUUGUACGUUUAUUACAACAAACACAUCAUCAAGAUUCAACAGAUGCAAUUAAAACUCUUAUUGAACAUCAACGUUCACAAUCCAUAUCAAUACAUCAAGAACAAAUGCAAACACCAAUAAUUAUCGAAGAAGAUAAUUCAUCAUUAUUAACAACAAAAUCAAAUACAAAAGUAAAAUCACCGACAAUGAAAAAAUCAAAUAUAAUUGCUCCUACAAUUGAACAUAUUAGUAUAAGUAAUAGUCAUAGAACAUUACCACAACAUUCCGUAUUAUUAACAUUGAAAUAUUCAUUUAUAAAACAUCAGCAACAACGAAAAACUCUUGUUGAAGAUUCAUCCAAUGAAAAUGAAAAAGAAAAACAACCGACAAGAAAAUCUCCAAAAUGUUGUACAAUUUCAUAA